AGUAAAGAAAUGAUCCGGUGUUUAAAAUCAAGAUGGCGGCCCCCAUAUAGAGUCGACAUAUUUCUGUUUUGGUGGUUCUGUCGGUACCAUUCUGAAAGGAUUUUUUUGGUGACCCAAAUGAAAAUGCCCCCCAAAAAAGCACCCGCGGGACCCUCAAAAAAAGCUGAACAGAAGAAAAAGGAGAAAGUGAUCGAGGACAAAACGUUUGGUUUGAAGAAUAAAAAAGGCGCCAAGAAUCAGAAGUUUAUACAGCAGGUGCAAAAACAGGUUCAUCAGGGUAACCAGCCCGCGCGAGCUGCAGCUCCUGAUAAAAAGGAAGAGAAAAAAAAGAAGGAUGCAGAGUUGGCAGAGCUAAACGCUCUUUUCCGACCGGUCAUCCAGAAAGCACCGAAAGAUGCCGAUCCCAAGACGGUGGUGUGCGCCUUCUUUAAGCAGGGCGUCUGUACAAAGGGCACGAAGUGCAAGUUCUCGCAUGAUCUCGCUCAAGAACGAAAAGCGGAAAAAAAAAACAUGUACCACGACGAACGGGAAGAAACAAUGGAAGACUGGGACGAGGACAAGCUUCGAGAAGUUGUUGAAAAGAAACACGGGGCGGCCGAGAAGGCGAUGCCAAAAACCGACAUUAUUUGUAAGCACUUUCUGGAGGCCUUGGAAUCGUCGAAGUAUGGAUGGUUCUGGGAAUGUCCAAACGGAGGAAGUAAGUGUCAUUAUCGGCAUGCUCUGCCGCCGGGUUUUGUCCUCAAGAAGGAUCGCAAAAAGGAGGAUAAAGGGGACCACGUCUCAAUCGAGGAGCUCGUAGAGAUAGAACGUGCGGCACUCGGACACUAUCAAACGAAAAUCACCCUUGAAACAUUCCUUGCAUGGAAACGCCGAAAAAUUGAGGAACGUAAGGAAAACGCUCGCAAAGAAAAUGAAAAGAAAAAGGCCGAGUUCAAAGCAGGAAACAGAGUAGGCCUAUCUGGCAGGGACAUGUUCACCUUCAACCCCGAACUCGCGCAAGACGACGACGAAAAUGGAGACGAUGGUGAGGCUUUCGACAUUCGACAACGCGAAGACGACGACGACGACGUGGCCAUUCAGGCAAAGGAGAUCAACCUUGAGGAACUCAGUAAAGUUACAGCUGCUGCAGGAGAAGAUCUAGACACCCGGCUACCUUCUGAAGGAACGAUCAUCGAGAAGCGACAUUGGGAGCUUGAGCAACCUAAAAAGGAGGAGGUACAAGUUAAUGAAGAACUGUUCAAUGAGGAAGACCUAGAGGGGUUAGAAGAAGAGUUAGAUGAUUUGGACGUCGAGGAUAAAGAUGAUUAAAAUGUUAACAAUAGAAUAAGGUUGGUGGCCAAACAGUAGGGGCGGAUUUGGAAUAACCGGCUGACUACAUUGAGUUCAACCGUACGUCGGAAUACGCUAUGCCGGAUCUGAUUUCGCUGAAACGGUGUGGUCUGACGUGAGGAUGUAUUUUGGGAACACAACUUGAUUCUAUGUGCGGCUAUUAAAUAGGACAUGAAUAAAUAAAUAAGUUUGUACUUACCUAA